UUGAUAAUGAACACGCGGACGUGUUAGAGUAUUUUUAUAUUUUAUUACAGCCUUUUGUUUACACAACAUAACCAGUGAAUCGAUUUAGGCAGGGCUGUAUUGAGUAGCUUUUAUUAAUUAUGACUUAGUGGGAAAGGUGUAUUUAGAGUUACAAACAAAUGGAGAUAAAGACUUCUGGUCCUAGUUUUGUUUGGAAGUGGAGGGAAAAAACGUCAAGGUUGCAUUUUAGUCUGCCACCAUGUGGAAGUACAGUAAAUGUAUAUCUACCAUGGCACAUGGACUAGGGUAAAGACGACGACGACGACAAUAAUAAUAAUAAUAAUAAUAACAACAACAAGGAAUGAUACAGUAUAUAAUACUGUAUAAUAAAAUGAUCACACUUAAAUAUUGAGAAAACUACUGCCUUGGCAUAUGUAUGUAAGGUAGUAUCAAAAUAAUAACAAAGAAUAAAUCGCAAAGAAUUUAAAAGACUAAACAACAUCCCGUUUUAAAAAGCAGCACGGUUCAGAGGAGUCUGAGAGAGAGUCAGGAACGGAGCAUAAGUAACUGAAUAAAACAUGUGCAAGUGCUCGAGAAUGCUCUCAUAUUUCUGUGUGAAAGCUGGGGAUUUUUCCGCAUGCAUCUUUCCCGGGAGCGCUACUGCUGACUGCGGAGCGUCGAAGAAAGCGCUGCGGGGAGUCGCUCGUUGGGACUGCCGCCACUAGGCACCACGCAACCGAUCUGUGCCACUCGUUUGUCCUCUGGGAGCAAGAGAAGGCAAGCGAGCGUAAAGAAACUCGCCCCGUGUUCAUGUUGGUCUUUGGCACAAAUAUUACUUUAGCCAUGGGAUGCGAUCUGCUUUUCAGACUCGCCCUGCUUCGAAUCAGUUUUCGGUGGAUGUCAAAAUCACGCACAUUUAUUGACGAACAAAAUGACGUUUAAUUCGCACGUGGCUACAGUACUUAACCAGGUCAGGCUGGCCCAACUGUUUCCCAUUUUUGCCUCUGUGUUGAUGGGUUGCUGGGAGUUUCUGACGGUUCUCUCGAGUCUGGUUUAGGUUCACCUUUUAUUGUCUCGUAAAGGCUUUUCCUUGUUUUCUGUGUCCUCUUGUGGUGAAAUCCUGACACAGCAGUGGUGGAGUUAUGUGAAAGAAGUGGUUGUAGGACAGAUCUGAGAGGUACCCGGUGCGUUCAUUCUCAUCCUGUUUUGCACCAUAACCGUACAAUUCACUUACAAGUGAUAUUUCCCCCGUCGUCUGCAGCAAUCUAACAAAAGACGACAGAGAUGGAUUUGAUCGGUAGGACGCGUAGACGACGAGGUGAGGUGAGGCGAGGCGAGGAAUAACUUCCAAAUGGUGUUAAUGGGCAUCCAGCCUUUACUUCCAUCACAAGGUCAGAGGGGCGCUAGACACUCCAUUAAGAGCUUACCACCCCUGCCAUGCUCAACUUGUGUUAAACCAGUAAGAGUGCAGAUGCAGGGGGCUCAGAUAACAGCCAGCCCCAGCCAGCUAAUAGCCGGAGAGCCCACGGUAGUGCGGCUUGUCCUAGGUGUCAGCUCAGACAGAUGUAGUCCUUGUGUCCAGGGACGCUGGGCUGGGUGUUUGAUUUCCUCUUGACGGAUCGCUCCCCGACGCCGACAAUCAUCGUGCCGCCAAAAUCAUCCUUGAUUAUUGAGGAUGGUUCGCUUUUUUCUUUCUACAUUUUUUUUUGCAUCGUUCCAUUUGUUGACUUUGCCCUGUUCGGCGCACAGCGCUGCCAGCACGCUGUGAAUAUAACCUUUGUAGUGUAAUGCCAGUCACGAAGGGCAAGAUGGGAAUAAGUAGCAAAUGUGGAAAUUGUUUUAUUCCUCUCUUGGUCCACGUUGGUUUUCUCAAAUUCUCUUUUACAGGACUAGUAAAAAAUCUGAGCGCUCUUGCUGGAAAAUAUUUCUUUUUUUUCCACGUUGCAUUCGGUUUAACAAGUUUGAGCAGGAAAUCAGCCGACGUUUUCCCAGCUCUUCUGCGACGGUUCUCCGAGAUGCAGGACAUUUGCGGGCUGCUCGCUUUCGCUCUUCCGUCCUAUUUGUUCCGUACGAGUAGAUCAGACCAUAUACAGGUUGAAAAAAUCUUAACAGGGACUCAUUUUGGGGUUGAUAUGGAACCCAGAGUGUUUGGAGAAAGAAAAAAUCUCUUGCAUCUCUACAAUCGCUCCCUUUUCCUUUCUCUUACUCAGCCCACUCGCCACAAUUAACAUUACUGUCACAGAAUUAGAUAGACCUGUCCUUUAAAAAUACAUCUUACCACUCAGUGACGUGGUUAUCGCUUAGUGUAUAAACCAUGUAGACAUGUCAAGAGGUUCAAUUACUAUUUGAAUGAACGUUAGAAUGGACAAACGUGUGACCGCUGCUGCGAGCUGUACUGGUACGAGCGUUUCAGAAACAGCUCUCGCUGUGGGAUUUUUACACGCUACAGCGUCAAAAAUCUGCGGGUGAAAAAGUCUUGUUGAUGAGAGCGGUCAGAGGAAAAUGGCAACUGGUGCGAGCCAGUUUGGCACAGGUAAGCAAAUAACCACACAGUACUGGUCUGCAGAAGGGUAUUUCGGAAUGCACAACUCAUCUAGCCUUGACGUGGAUGGGCUACUGCAGCAGAAGGCCAUCUCCAUUGAGCUCAGAAUGAGAUCAUGAAGUUCCAGAAACUACACGCAAUGUCUCAGCAUGUUUCCACAAACAUGGUGGUGUCUUUUCUUCGCGGAAAUGGCUCAAAAACCUCUUAAACACUAAGAGCCUCUCUGGUAUGAGGUGGAAUAUGAUGUUAGUAGGAUGAAUCUGCUUCCAAAAAGUCUGCAGAAACUGGCAUGGAGCAAGUCUGAGGGUUGCUGCACACCUGUGAUUUUUUUUUUUUUAAAAAAAUCAUGAUUUACUCCAAAUAUACAAAACUACGGGCCAGGGAGGCUGUUUUUUUAAUCAUCAUUAUUAUUAUUCCUUAAACAGUACUUUUUUUUGGUUAUGAAUGCCUUUACUAAGUUGGGUUUUUAGAAGUGGGGUGGGGCCGUCGUAUUAAGGAGCACACAGUUGCGUCUUUCUGCCUUUUCCAGUCAGUGUGCUCAUUCACCUGUGCCUGGCACGGCCCAGUGCGCUCCUGUCCCCUGCUGCCACCCCCUUCACCGCCCUCGGCCCCGCCACCCCCAGGUGCAUUACAUCCUGUGGCUUCGGCCCUGGAGACCUCCUGGAAGGGGCUCUAAUCCUUCUCCCUCCCUCCAAUGGCCGAGGGCCCGUGCCCACCGGAGGAGUUCAUUGCUGUAUUGGGUGACUCGCGGCCAGCCGUGGAGAGGACCGGAUCGAGUGUCACAAAGAAGUGUAGCACAAGAGGGGUUCAGAAACGCACCGCUGCCUCGGCCCGGUCCAGCUCGACCCCGUGCAUUAGCAUCUCCUCGAGUUUCAAACCCGCGGGAAGCUUGCGCCGUCCUGCCAUUGGCCAGGCUCCGAGGGAUUAAAGCAGCGAGGUGAAAUCACUACGAGUGAUUCGACAUUUCUGCGCUCUUCAAAGUGACACCGCAUGAUGGGUAAACGAUAAGUGACUCGCUGACAAGAAGCAAACCAGUGGCAUCGUGGUGAACGAAGUGGACUUGAAACCAAGUAAAAGAAACCUGCUACACUGAGAUGAGGACCUUCGCUCAUCAGUUCGUCUUCCUCCUUGCUGCCGUCCUGCUCCCGCUCUUGCUGGUGCUCACGGGAGCGUCGGCUAAAACCCCUCAGCGGCCAAAAUACCAGUUCACAAAGAAACCCCCCACCAUCCAAGAGCCCCUGCGGACCACCACAACAGGCAUAUCCAGCAGCGUUUGGACUCGGGAGACCGCUCGGACCACGACCGCUCUCUCCCCGACUUCCGCAGACACCAUUGCGUUCCACAGCACCAGCAGCGUGGCGUCCCCUGGCGGUGGCAGCGAGAACUACACCCUGGACUACAACGAGUGCUACUUCAACUUCUGCGAGUGCUGUCCGCCAGAGAAGGGGCCCCGUGGCCCCAAGGGGGACAGGGGCCUCCCAGCAAGCUCGCCAGGGGAGAAGGGCCAGCUGGGUCCCCAAGGACUACCUGGAUCAGAUGGUCUUGCAGGACCUCCGGGGACCAAGGGAGACAAAGGUGACAAAGGUGAACAAGGAAAAAGUGGACUGACUGGAAUUCCUGGAAGUGUAGGGAAGCCAGGAGAGAAAGGUGAUGCUGGCUCCAAAGGUGAAAAGGGUGACACUGGCUUUCCGGGCUUUAAAGGUGACCGAGGAGAGAAAGGAGAUUCCUGUGAGAAUGGGACUAAAGGCGAGAAGGGAGAGCCGGGGAAAGAAGGGGUGGUGGGACCUCCGGGGGUGCCGGGGCAAAAGGGUGACAAGGGUGACUCUGGAGACAAGGGGCAGUGUGGGCCAUAUGGGGAGAAGGGCCAGAAGGGCGAGCCUGGUGAACCUGGACCUCAGGGUCUGCAGGGACCUGAAGGUCCUCCAGGGAUGAUGGGGAUACAGGGGCCCCCUGGAGUGGUGGGGGAUCCAGGAUUACCAGGGAAGAAAGGGGAACCUGGAGCUCGAGGGCCUCCAGGUCCUGUGGGAGCUAGGGGCUUUGUGGGGCCAAAAGGUGACAGAGGAUCUCCGGGGAUAAGGGGCGAGCGGGGACCACGGGGCUUGAAGGGGGCCCGGGGGGCCACCGAGGUGCUCAAACGCUCGGCCUUCAGCGUUGGCCUGCAGCCUAGUAAGUCCUUCCCGCCGCCAGGCUUCCCAGUCAGAUUCGACAAGGUCUUCUACAACGGUGAGGAGCACUACGAUAUUGCUGCCAGCAAGUUCAACUGCACCCACUCCGGCGUCUAUGUGUUCACCUACCACAUCACCGUGCGCAACCGCCCUCUGCGGGUCGCCCUGGUAGUCAAUGGAGCGAAGAGACUCCGCUCCAGGGACUCACUGUACGGCCAGGAUAUCGACCAGGCCUCAAACCUCAUUUUGCUGCGGCUGGCGGCCGGGGACCAGGUCUGGCUGGAGACCCUCAGGGACUGGAACGGUGUGUACUCUAGCAGUGAGGAUGACAGCACCUUCUCCGGGUUCCUCCUCUAUCCGGACAUUGCCUGAAAUCUUUCCUAGCUGUACUCUACAGUUAUUGCUCUUGGUAUCAUUCCAAACGUGGAACUUGUUAGGACAACGGGGAGACACUUCAGUUGUUUGUAUCAGCUUUUGCAAGGGAAGAUAAUGCAAUCCACGUAAUCCUAAUAUUAAAAUAUGUAAUAUUCCUCUAAAGAGAUCUUCUAAGUGAUAGCCAUGUGUUCCCU